GUUGCUGCCGCAGACAGCAGCAGCAGCAGUGAUUCGGCAUCGCAGAGCAACGGGAGUAAAUCUCUUCGUUUUGAACCAUGGCGACGAACUAAAUGAUGCCUUUCGCAGAGGUUGACGGAGAUGUAAGGAGAAGUGUGUGUCCCAUGUUGCAUUAGUGUCCGUGUGAAAUGCUGGCCUGUCUGCCAGGGCCAGGUGACCUCCCCCUCCAGCUUCUCCCCCACACGCAGAUGAACACUGGACCUCAGAAAUGGGACACCACUCAAAGGAUGAGAUCCACCCCCUUCCCAACCCCUGCAGAAUUGGAUGCCUAUGCUAAGAAGGUUGCCAACAACCCCCUCACUAUCAAGAUCUUCCCCAACAGCGUCAAGGUCCCCCAGCGGAAUCACGUGCGCCGCACAGUCAACGGGCUGGACACAUCAGGCCAGCGCUACAGCCCUUACCCUUCCUCUCAGGCCAGCUCCAAGACCGGCCUCCUCGCCAUCGUCAAGGUGCCCGCCGUCAAGGGCAUCCUCAAGGAUUUCGCCGGCAGCCGGGCUCGCCUGCACCCUGAAGUCAUCAUGAACCACCUCAGCGGACCUUACCAAGUGGCUUCGACCAGCACUUUAAACCAUCACCCGACUCUGUCCAACCAGAGCUUAGCCCUGCAACCGCAGGACGCACCUCAGACUCUACAGAUGCCACUCAGACACCCUUUCACCAUGGCCCAGCACCCUCAGGGCCCACCUAGACUGCAGACUGUCUCUCAGCACCCAGCCCUCGGUCACCCUCAGGUGCCCUCCACUGUCUUACUCCAGCAGCAGCAGCACCUUCAGCAGCAGCAACAGCAGGCACCACCCGGCCUGCAGGGGAGCAGAAAGCUGCCGGAUGGCGACGUGCCGCCCAAUGUGACCGUCUCUACCUCAACCAUUCCGCUCCCCAUGGCCACAGGGUUGCAUCACGGCCGCCAGCCGGACUUGAGCACCAUUGUGCACCAGAUCAACCAGUUCUGCCAAGCUCGGGCCCACAGUGCUGGCUCGGCAUCCCUAUGCGAGGGCCAGAUUGCUAACCCAAGCCCCAUCAGUCGCAACCUGCUCAUCAACGCCUGCUCCAGGGUGUCCAUGUACAACAACUCCGCCGCCUCCGGCUUCCCCCCACCCAACUGCAUCGUUGGCCCUCAUGAGAAAGCCACCAUCCCGGUAGGGGCCCUCGCUCCACCCACCGUGACCAUGAACCACUUGCCUUCCAACCACACAGAUCUCAAGCAGCAACAGCACCCUCAACAGCAUCUGCAACCACAAGCCAAUCAGCAACAACAGAAUAUGCGCUCUUGGAAUCAGCCUCAGUUGACCCACCAUAUUCAGAAUUGCGUGAACCAACCCAGCAAGCAGCCCCCGAGGGAAGCCACCUUCCAUUUUAAGGGAAUGAGCUACCCUGCAGACAUGUGCGUGGGUCAGCCGUAUGUACUCAAACCUCCUAUCGAGCGGCCCACACCCUCGCCGCCCGUCAACAACGGCAUGAUGGCCCACUACAACAACGGCCACUACUUCCAGUCCCACAUUUGGAACAGCGGCAUCCUCCCCACGCCCAACAGCGACAGCUCCGGCUCUCAGGACGUAGCCAUGCCAUUCCACGGGGCAGGCCCAGGGGGGUGCGCCGCGCUAGAAUGCGGGCCCCCUGGGCCUCCCCAUUACCGGCUACCACCGAUCUCCUCUGCCCAGACUAAUCUGAUGCAAACCACAGAUUACAUGGGCGGGGACUUCCAGGCGCCCUAUUUCCGCGAUCAGAAUCUAGGGUUGAUGGUUAAGAUGCACGGACCCCCUGUGAGCAGGGAGGUCGGGGAUGGCAGAAGUGCUCUCAUCCAGCAUCCAGGGUACAGAUAAGCUAUGGCUUUGUCUCCAACACUUUCUUUAGUCUUAAAUGAAUACGUUUCCUUCAUGAAGAAUAGUAUUCUUUGUUGAUACAUCUUGCAAGUGAUCAAUUCUUUUAUUUAUUAGUUUUUUUUUUGUUAGUGAAUGCUUUUACCUGGAAUAUUUAGGACAAAUCUACUGUGUCAUUCCCUGCUUUCUUGCCUCACGUUCAGCGUGCGCCUGGAUCUCAACAGAUCCUGUGUCAGUUCCACUUCACACAUUUGCAGUAGGGAUGUUCCGAUCAAGGAUGUAUGCUGCUGACUGCGAUACCAAUUAUCCAUGAGUGAGAUUGUACGAUACCAAUACUGAUACUGAUCAGAUGUAUUAACUGUACAUUUUUCUCUGUUUUAACGGUGAGUGCUAUUGACAGUUUAACAAUGUCAACACAAUAUUCAUACUAGUUCCUUAUUCUGCCACUAAAGCCCUCCGCCGUCCAAUGAGUUAUUCCCUAUAUUGGUAAACAAACACUCAAAAAAUAUAUAUAUUUUAAGAAAUUAAAAAUAUUAACUUAAUCACUCUAGUAUUGAUCACAUACUGAUAUUGUCCUUUGUGUUGACACUACCAAUUUAUGGAUCGAUCCGCCCUCCUCUGAAGUGUUGUGUACUGACUGUGAUAAUGCUGACACAGCAACAGUUGUUAUAUUAUCCUCUCUUUAGACUUUCAUUAAUCUACUUCAUUAAUCUAUUUGCUAAUUCAAGGUUAAUAUCUGCUGCAACGUGGUUCCAUCAACACUUCUUAAACUUUACUAAGCACUUAUUUCUUAUAUUGUUUCAAGCUACCUUAGCUGCUAACUCAUUUAGCUAUUGGCAUACCUGCUCCUGCUUGCUCUUGGUGUGUAACAUGUUUAGCCUCAACCUCCAGUGAUAAUGUUACAUAAGAUACUAAAAAAAUGCCGUUUAUUUGUCGUAAUGGAGGUGAUUAUUAGUUUAGGGGAGCGGCUUCACACUGUGUAUGGAGAUACACAUUUAACUGCUAGCCAGUCAGCUGGGAUCUAAAAAAAAAUACAGUGUUAGCCAGAGGGGGUCAGCGUUUGUGAUCGUCAUUAAAAGGCAUUAAUCGACAAUGGCGACCACAUACUUUUUCAUGAAAUUGGCCGAUGCUGAUCAGCACAUCCCUAGUUUGCAAGGUAAAUAGAGAAAAGUUGAUUCCUUCCUUCUGUUUUGUUUUUACAUUUGAGGAAUUUCUGGCUGUAGAUGAUUAGGCAAGAAAAGACUUCCAAAUCAAGCCAGGAAAGUGUGUGUGUGUGUGUACGUACGUACGCAGAAUGACAUGUCAUUAUUUAUUUGUGUGAUAUUGAAACUUGAUUCCUCGCCAUCAGGUUGUAUGUACAUAGCAAGGAGCCAGGAGGGAGCGCAUUUCUGCUCCAUCUUGCUUCAAAUGCUGCAAUGAAUUCAGGUGUUUCAAAAGAAAAAGGAAAAAAGUGCAGUGUCACCGGGCCAGGAAGGCUUCGGUUGUGACGUUUAAAGUUAAACAUCAGCCAAAGUCCAACACUGACGGUUCUGUUUGAGAGAUGUGCCAUUUGUUUGACUUUAUUUUACACAGCAUUUCUUUUUCCGGAACCAUGACAAAUAUAUUACUUGAAUGUGGAGAUGAUUUGCUUUGCAGGCCAAACAAGAGUACAUAAAGUACAUAGUGUUACUUCAAGUGAAGUGUCGUUGCUACUGAUUCUCAUGUGAAGACCAAAUUGAUCACUUGCAAGAUCACAGGAAGUAAAAACAACAGACUUGUCUUUUUUUUAAAAUAUAUAUAUAUAAGUUGAACAGCAAAUGCAUUGUUUAUUUUAUUGUACACUGGCUUACCUACUAGACUACUGUAACAUUUUAACGAUGUGUGAGUGUUGCCAGGUUGUGUGCGUGCGCGCGUGUGUGUCACAAUUGUUUGUUCACCUAACGACCCCUAAAAAGCCUUAAUUGUUUGGUCCUUGGACUUUUCCUCAAGCAUGGUUUUAAUGACAACCCCAAAUAAUAAGGAAGAAAGACGGUGAGCAUACACAGACACAGCAUUUCUUUCUUUGUCUUCUUUUUAUUGACUAGACCAAGCAAUUCCUUAGUGAUUCGUUAUGAGAAGCAAGGAAAGAAGUGAUAUUUUCUAAUUCUAAAGUAUAUUUUAGCAAUGUGUAGUUACUGAGCUGUAACUCCCCCCAACCCCCAGGUUUCAAAGCUUCAGUUUGCAGUCGUGACUAUUUAUAAUACUUGAUUCACUUGGUAUUUAAGUUUUUGUUUUUCCUCCUUGCUGUGAAAAGGAAGAAGGUCCACAGCCUAUCUUUUGUCAUCUUUUUAAGAUGAUGAAGCAAGAAGAGCGUGAGAAUUGUGCUACUCUUUUUGU